AUGUCGUCUACAUCCUGCAGCACCAGCUCCUCCUCUAACGAGUCCUUGGUCGGCGAUAUUCCCAUUGUCUGUUACCACAGCUCGGAAGAAACUCAUGGAUCAACGGAUGACCUUGUCCAUGCGGUUCUUGCCGGCAAUAUCCCUCGGGUUCGCCAUCUCUCGGAGAUAGGAUUCGUCGUAUCAGUGGCCGACUCGUGGGUAGUCUACCAAGCAUGCCUUCAAGGAAUCAGAAUGAUGUAUGCUCUGAACAUGAAUCCAAGAUCCAAAUUGAACCGAGUCAUGCCUUGGCAAAUGGGAGACCGUGUUUUUCACUUCCUCUUGCGCACACCUUCGGAUCGAUUCUUAGGAUCCAAAGUGCUAGCCAUCGUCUAUCUUAUCCAGCACGGAGCCCAUGUUCUUGAGAAAGAUCGGCUUGGAAACACAGCCCUCCACAUUCUCGCAGAGGUACCAACUCAAGACGACACAGAUGGCUUUGGUAUCGCCAAGGCUCUACUGGACAAAGACGACGGCAAUUUUGUCUCCGAGAGUACACGAGAGGCAUGCAUUUCCCACAUCGAUAAUCGAAACACACCCCUAGAAGCUGGCGAAGGAAGUACGGCCUUGAUGAACGCCGUGACACAUGGCCACGUAGAAUAUGCCCAAGUUCUUUUGGAGCAUGGGGCUAAUCCUCAUCUCAUCGGGCCUUUGUACCAGCCGCCCUUGUAUCAUGCCGUUAUUCGAGAUUUCCCGGCAGUGGCUAGUGUUCUUUUGAAAUUUGGGGCUGUGGUGACCAAGGAGAUUGAGGAGGAAAUCCGAUCCAGCGAAAUGGCUGAGAUAAUUCAAGGGUACAAAGAGAACCAAGCAUACAGUGGUAGCCCGGAGGUCUCAGGAGAGUAG